AUGCACGCAUACAUCGGCGAAUUAGCGCCUAGUAAUAAGCCCUCGCCGACCCAAGAGCGCGGCGACUUCGAAAACGGCGCACAUGUGGAAGGAGGAACCGGGCACCGUACGCGAGUGGCAUGGAGUGAUGACGAGUUAGGUGGCUCGAGUGUGCCCACGCCCGUGUCGGGCGAGAGCGUGCCAAUAGGAACAGGCGGCCUCGGCCCCCCAACUACUGCGCCUAUUUGUGGGACCCGUACUGAUCGGCGUUCGUACGCGGCCGCAGUGGCUGACUCCUUCCUUGACGGAGAUAGUCAGUAUCCAGUGGCUACAGAACGGGGUGCACAGGGGAAAGGACCGCGGGUCGGGUCCUCUCCUAUCGCGGGAGCUUUUUCCUGUGACGUUGUGGCUCGAUCUCGAAAUAUCGGGUCGGCGUAUGAGCCUCACUUGUUGGUGUCUGCGGGCUCGGGACCGGUGAGAGCUGCAACAGAGCAGGGAAGGGCCGACACGGUAGACGGGCAGGGUCCGGGACUUUUCGCUGACUCCAAUGAGGAUGGGAGUCAGUGCUCAUCUGCUGACCACACCCGGGUGCUGGUGCGGGCGGCUACGAGAGUGUGGACCGACAGAUCAGACGAUGAUCUCCGUUCGAUGAUUCCGCUUGAAGAGGAGGCUCUAGCGGCAUGGAUGAUGGGGGCUAUCAUGCUCCAGUCUCCGCCUGGAUUUUUGAUGUGCACGCACCCGAGGGCUACGCGAGUUGUAAUGCUUGAUUUUUUCGAAGAGUACCUGGAAGGGAAGGUCAUUGCGAUUGUCCCUCCGUACGUGCGCAUGCCUCAGUACAUCGCCGAGAAAACGUUGCUACUCCAGCUCUUGGAACGCAGUGAGGGGCAGACGGAGUCCGAUGUCAUGAGUCGGGAAUUGGUCAAGGGCGCCAAGCGGACCAGUUACGAUGCCAAAACGAGGCGACUGACUUUCAUUAUGCCGGAUCAAGCGGCAGCAGCAAGCUGGCAUGCAAAUGAUUUUGUUUCGCGGAAAGCGUCUUAA